AUGCAAAGGCAGCAAGUUAUUAUUGAUAAUUUUAAACAUUCAGCUUGCCCAGAAAACCAAUUAAAAAUUAUGCAACAACUUGCUAAACUAGAAGUUAUGCUAGACAGUUUAGCCAGUAAAUCACAAAAUAACACAUGCUCUUGCAAGACUAUAAGUGAAAGCUCUUUGUUAGAAACCAAAGAUGAUAUUUUCUUUGAUCAAAUUGAUACUUCGUUAGAGCUUCAGGAGCUCGAAGCCAAAUUGGCAGAUCAGAUGAAUAUGGAGGAGUACAUAAAAAAAUUUCGUUAUGUUUUCGGAAGGAAAGGGUCCAGCAGUGGAAUAAAUAAUUGCUACACACUAGUAGACAAACUCUUCUCUAGACAAUUAUUUACAUUAUGUUCCUGGGCUGGGGGCUCAAGGGAUGGAAAAGAAAAAAAUCCCUUUAAAGUAUUUAAAAAUAUCCUUAAUUUAUUCUUCAGAGUGGUGAGGCUAUCUGAUGACUCAUUAACCCUAAAAGAUUGUGAAGAAUUUUUUAAGGGUAUCAUAAGAAAUUCCACCAAAUGA